CGAGUUUAAUGUAGGUGACUGCUUUAUACUUGGUGUUUAUCGUGAGACAAUUACCACUUCCGGCUGCAGGAAGUAAUUCGCGGACGGAGGCUAUCGACCAUAAAGCACGUGCACGCAGCACGGGUGACUCACUCCCGCUCCAUCCAACUCCGCUCCUCCCACAUGUAACCAACAUCCAACAAACAACUUCUUCUAUUCCGAAAAGCUUCUUCUUCAAGCGUCUGAAGAGCCAAAACCACAAUGACUACCUACACUACUUUAGUCAUCCCCCGGCUCUGCGACCUCCCUCAAAACACCCUUACGCCUCUUGCUCAGAAACUUCGCGAUUUCAAACUGAACGCUUUACUCUCGGACCCAAAUGCUUUCUCUCAGUCUCACGCCACCGAGUCCCAACUGCCGCUCUCAGCUUGGGAAGCCCGGGUAUCUAAUCCAGACUUCAGAAUCGUGGUCUGUCUUGUUGAGAGCGACCAAUUGAACCGUCUAGGGCAAGAAGAAGGCGUAGAAAACAAUGAAACGGGAAAAGAAUUAGAGAAAGUAGUAGAACGACUGCUAAAGAACGAUUGGGCGGGCACUUUCACGCUCGUAGGACCUGUAGCACGUGACGCCUGGAUAUUCCAGUCGUCAGGACAGCCCACACCCGGCACGGACGAGAAAGAGAAGAGGUGGCAUUUGACGAGCCUUUUCGUACUUCCGAAGCACCGGGGCCAAAAAUUAGCGGCCAAACUCACGCUCGCGGCUGUGCAGGCUGGGACAUCCAUUUCUCAGAGCGUUCCAGCACCAGUGUCAGGAAGCCAGGAAGUGCGCCUUAACACGCGUUUCAGGCUCAUCGUACACCCGAACAAUAAACCGGUUGUGGGAUUGUAUUCGAAGUUGGGAUUUGUGGAAGGCGGAUUCUAUACGCAGAAAGAGGCGAUGAUCGCGAUGGGAGAUGCGGCUGGAAUACCGGAUGAUGCGGAGGGCGAGAAAUGGAAUAGCAGGUUUGGUAUUGGAAUGGAGCGUAUAGUUCAGGGCUAAUAGACGGCCUUAGAUCUUGGAGAGGGCUAUCUUAAGAUCAUUGUCGAUCUUUCGAAGCGUUGGGAACUGGAUCUAUACACAAGCUGCCGGACUCAUGAUGAGGGUUGGAAAGGAACAUCAUGAUAUAUCGAUCCAACCAGACAGUAGAUAGCAGGCGCGUUGC